GCGAGGAGGACUUCGUGACUCCAAAGCACAACCGCGACGAUGGUGUUCAUAUUAGGAGUCAAUUUUGGUGAGGGCAAGCUUGUCAAGAAAGCCCUCGAAUCCUUUUACGCCCUCGGCCCGACCACUUCGGCACGCAUUAUGGCCAAAUACUCGAUACACAAACUCGCCAAGAUGGGCUCACUGGCACCGAGAACCGUCACCUCCCUGACGGCCGAGCUGUCCCAGAUGACCAUUGAGACGGACGCGCGAAGGGUGGUGCAAGAGAACAUUCGCAGGCUGAAGGAUAUUGGGUCGUAUCGCGGCAGGCGGCAUGCCAUGGGAUUGCCGGUGCGCGGACAGCGGACAAGGAACCAGACGGCGACGGCCAACAAGCUCAACCGUAUUCUCCGGCGGAAUUGAACAACGCGCGAAGCUGCGAAGUGCAAUUCGUAUUCUCCUUUCAACUUGCGCGCUCUAUCCUAUUUGGCUUGAAGCGAUAGCCUUGCAAAUUGAGUCGAUGGCGAUGAAAUAAGGAAACGCAAGUCUGGACAAUGGCAGGGUGCCGCAAUGCUAGCUAUUGUCCUAGGGAUGUAUGUGAGGCACCAAUGUACGAGUACGGGCGGAAAUAGAUAUCCAAUGUUUGAUAAGGCUUCCCAGCCUCGCAAAGUUCCAGUUC